AUGUCAGAUACGACCAAAGAGCUCAAUGAGCUUUUUGCGGCAAACUUCCCCGAUGGCCUGCCCAAGGAUAUCCUCGCCGAAUUACAAUCUAUUUUAAGAAUCCACUUGAUCACACCAGAGGAGCUGUUUUACAAAUGGGAGUCAUACAGUAUCAAGAUGGGCGAUGAGCUCAAGUUGAGCAUCGACACAGUUCGCGGUUUCAAGCAGGAUGUUCAGGAAGCUCUGGAACGCGAAAGCCGCGGCAAGCUCGGUCGACAGACGGAGAAAAGGAGCACCGUCACAGCAACACCGCGUGCGGCAACAGGCGCCGAUGUGUUUGGGAUGCUGGACGAAUUGACUCCCAGUGCGGCCAGCACUCGGACAAUAAACGGAACUGGGUCCGUGAAGCGCAAGUCCGAGUUCACAUCCCCUGCGACACCGAAAGUCGGUCGACUGGAGAAACCGGGGACACCAUUUGGGACCAAGACCCCGACGACUGUCGCCAACGGCCCUGCAGUGUCUUUUGCAGAGCGACCGAACCCAGGCCAGACGAUAGAGACACUCAAUGCGCACCUAUCUCUCGCGGAAGCCCCAAUGGCACCCUACGCCGAAGCACGCAUCCGACCGACUGCGAACACGGAUCUCAAGAAGUUCGGAUACAAACCCAUGGGCAUGCGUCUUUCAGAGGCGUCGGAGAUUCUCGACGAUCGAAUCGACGAGUUUGCGGCCAUCUUCCAAAAGCACUAUGACUCGGAUGAUAUCACAUUCGGCAGUGCCGCGACACAAAGCACGAGCGAAAUCAUUGCGGUCGGUCGAAUUGCAUCGGACUCCUUGGAAGGCAAACUGAACCCAGCCUCAUUGGUACUCGAGACGUCACGGCGAACUGGCGCUGGAAGACGGGUUCCACUCAAAGUGGACUCUGUACCCUCCUUGAAUUUCUUCCCGGGUCAAAUCGUCGCACUUCGGGGAAUCAACCCCGGUGGAGAUUACUUCACUGUCAAAGAAGUUCUUCCAAUUCCACUUUUACCUCCCGCUGCCUCUUCGGCAGUCACACUGGAUAACAUUGCGGAGCGCUUGGAAAGCAGCGGAACCAACUCACCACUCAAUGUCAUGGUCGCGGCAGGACCGUACACGACAGACGAUAAUCUUGAUUUCGAAGGUCUGCGGGAACUUUGCCAAAAGGCUGGCGAUAGCUACGCCGAUGCUCUGGUACUUCUGGGCCCGUUCCUGGACAUUGAACAUCCAUUGCUCGCUACUGGCGACUUUGACUUGCCAGAGAUCAAGGGAGUCGACCCGGAUACGAUGACAAUGACCACUGUCUUCCGCCAUUGCAUAUCGACCCCUUUAUCGCGCCUGGCUCAGGCCGUACCGAGCAUCACCAUUGUGAUUGUUCCAUCUGUGCGCGACAUGAUCAGUCGCCACGUGUCGUGGCCACAAGAACAGCUUCUCAAGAAAGAUCUUGGUCUGCCCAAGCAGGUCCGCAUGGUAUCUAACCCUGUCACGCUGUCGUUCAACGAGACUGUGGUGGGCAUGUGUUCGCACGAUGUCCUUUCUGAGCUUCGUCGGGAAGAGGUUCUUCAGGGUAGGCCCGCCGAGGGCAACCUGCUGACUCGUCUCCCAAAGUACCUUGUCGAGCAACGCCACUUCUUCCCUCUUUUCCCCCCUACUGCCCGCGCCAAUCUUCCCAAGUCCGGCUCGGAUACCGGCCUUGGUACUGGCGCCAUGCUCGAUAUCCCCUACAUGAAGCUGGGCGAGUGGUGGAACGUCCGACCCGACAUCCUGAUCGUUCCUAGCAUGCUUCCGCCUUUUGUAAAGGUUGUGGACAGCGUCCUGGUGAUCAAUCCGGGCACCUUGUCCAAACGCAAAGCAGCCGGCUCCUUUGCUCAAAUGGCCAUUCACCCCCGGAAUGUGACCGAUGAGGAGCGCGAGUCCAAGCAGCUCGACCAUAAGCUCUACGAACGGUCUCGUGUGGACAUCAACCGCAUCUAG